AUGGAGCCCGAUUCAACACCGUCGGUGCACGCACAUGCCCGCGCUCUUUCUCAUCCGUCACAUUGGCCUUACGCGGGCAUUCAAAUGCCGGCCAGGAAUCUUGCCUUCGACUCCAGAACCCGAACCAUGUCCUCCUUCGGGUCCCAGCUCCCGCCGUUCCCCAUCGUCUACCCGCCGCCUUCCCUUCAUCAGCUUCCCGUUCCCAUGUCUACUCCCAACGGCCGUAAUCUGGAGUCUGCUGAAGAGGACUACAUACUAUCUGGGACUGCAUACGCAUUCGACCCCACCGAUAUCACUGGCUCUCAGUCCUUUACUGGCGAUCUUCUCUAUCGUAGCAACUCGUUCGGAAACUGGGACAAGUCCAACGCGGCCUCGCCUUCUGCGCAGUUCAAACAGGGCUUCUCGCUCAACCCGCUCUCGCCUAGUAACAGUCGUUAUCUCGAGUCAAGUACCCGCUUCGACGACACGCCGCCUGCGUACGGGCAGCAGCACGCUCAAGCUGGCUACAUGGAUCUCGCUGCUUCGUCUGCCUUCGGCCAUUCCCGCAAUUCGUCUUUUGAUGAGGAAUUCACCGCCGGUAUGAGGCUUGGUCAUCAGCGAGCUCUAUCGUCAAGCGACGAGGGCGGCAUCGUCCCGUCUGAGUUCUUCGCCCAGCCACCGCAUCAAGCGCAGCAAUCCUUCGUCCAGCCCUCCGACGUCGCCGAGCAUCAGUACGGCUCGCCAUCGAUGGGUGGUCAGGUGGCGCUUCCUGAGACCAACAGUGUACCGUUCCCGAGCGCAAGCGACUCGCCCAGUCCGUUCGGCUAUGACUCGUCUCCUGGCCUGACCUCGGACAAAGAUGACUCUAUGAGCGACGCGACUGGCGACGACGAGGAUGGCGAGUAUGAUCCGGCCGAUAGCGACUACGGCGGUACCGCCAGGGUGAAGCGCGCUCGCCGCGCCAGCGGCACGUCGAUCAUGUCGAUCCGCUCGGAGGGAUCCCAAGCUACGCCCCGCCGUCGCCGCGCCACCCGUGCGCCGGCGCCUGUGCCGAUCGCCAACCUCACGAAGAAGAGCCGUGGCCGCCGUGUUCCGACCUCGCCCAUACACAUCCAAGAUGGCGGCGUCAAGAAGAACACACGUCCACACGUUUGCCCCGCUGAGGACUGCAAUAAGCGUUUCGGCCGCAGCGAGCACCUCAAACGCCACGUCCGCUCUAUCCACACCGAGGAGAAGCCGCACGUAUGCCCUGUUCCAGACUGCGGCAAGACAUUCAGCCGCCACGACAACCUGAACCAGCACCUGCGCGUGCACAAGGGAUACAGGCGCUCUUAA